AGGUGAUAAACGGAAAAAAAUAAUCAAAGGGGUUAUUGAAUGGAUUCUUCUCGAUAAUCAACCUUUAGCAGCACCAAGAAAAAAAGGAUUUCGUUGUAUGAUGGCAAUAAUUGAUCCGAAAUUUCUCCCUCCCUCUAACAAAUUAAUAAAAAAUGAAAUAUUGUUACAUUAUUUGAACAAUGUAGAUCAUCUUCG